AUGAAUCUAGUAAUAUACGAAGUAAUUAAUACAAAAAUAGCACAACUGGGUACCUACUUGUCCAGAAAAACAGACGACAAAAAACACGUAACGAAUGAUGCAGUCACUCACGGUCCUCUAGCAAAUCACGCCUCGAGGCAACUCUCAACAGCAACACUGCCAGCUAAGCUGAAAAUAUUUCGUCACAUGGUCAGCGAGCUGCCACUUGGGAGCAGAGGCUUGCUAUGGCCAGGAAAGUCGGUUCUUGCUUUGCCAAAUGCUAUCCAGUAA